AUGGAACUGUAUGAAUUCUUUCUUCAUUUGAUGACAUUUCUCCCAGGUGCUGCUGUCAACAUGCUUCAGGAGAAAGCAUUUGUCAAUCAUACUGCAUACUUACGAUGUAAUUUUCACAAUCCUGACAACAUUGAUGUGAAGGAACUGAUAGUUUUUUGGCAAAAGGAGUCAGAGGUUGUGAAUGAGGUAUAUCGUGGGCAGGAGCUAUCCGACAACCUUGAUCCUAAGUACAUAAAUCGCACAAUGAUGGAUAUGAACACAUGGACUCUGUGUCUUCUAAAUGUUGGGAUUAUGGAUGAAGGGCAGUAUGUGUGUAUUAUACAACACAAGAAAAGCAGCGGAUUGGAGAAGAUAUAUGAUUCCAAGUCCCAAUUGUUUGUUAUUGCUAACUACAGUCAGCCAGAAAUAGUGAAGCUACACAAGGGAACGGUAGAACCUGGCACAGCUUUGAAUCUCUCCUGCUCCUCCAGCUGGGGCUAUCCAGAGCCCACACAGAUGACCUGGCAAGUUUCAAAGGGAAACUUGACUGAGGAACAUGUGGACCAAAUGGCAGUUUUUCAGGAUGACAAAACAAAGCUGUAUAAGGUUACCAUCACUCGGACCAUCCAGGUUCCCAUGGAUACCCACAUUAACAUCAGCUGCCUGGUUUACCCAACAUGGAAAAUGGAAAGCCUUGUCUCAAAGUCACUAUGCAUUGGUGCGUCUUGCUUUGGCCAUGCUGACUUUUCAGCCUUUAGGUGCCAUGAAUAUUGAGGUGCAUUGGGACACAACAGUCACUAGUGAAGGUUAAGGCAGUCACCAUCAGUGUAAAACUUUUAUUUUAUAAAUAACAAAAAGUGGCAAAAAGUUGAACCUAAUAUUCUAACAUGGUAAGCCCCAAAUUAUCCACUCAGACCCACUGCCUGUCACACAGAAGUGCUUUCAUUAGCCCAUCUCUAAUAACUGAGCUACAUGAUUCUUGCUGAAUGGAAACCCCUAAUUCCAGUAUACUGCUGCUGUUCUAUAAUCCACUAUGAAAGUGUAUGUCAAAGUCUCCUGUACUGGCUGAGCCAAAGAAAGGCUUACAAUUACAUCUGUAGCUCAAGUUGGAGACAUCUGAGCUGUGGGACUAAACAACUAACACUCAAACCCUGCUGUGUGCACAUCAGAAGAUGUCAGCGUUGUAUAUGAGAGAACUUGUUUUUUAAUCCCCUCCCCAUUAAAAAAAAAAAAGCCCUUUUUAAUUCACACUGUGAGGAAAAAUCCUUUAGUACCCUUUAGCACAUUUUUUAAUUUGUACAUGAGGACAUGAAUGGAUCAGGUUAGAGGAGCUCUAUAUGCCAGUCCCUUGUACAUAUUUGUGUCCCCUUGACAGGUUGGGUGUUCUUGCAGGGUGAAGCAUAUCUCAUCUUCCAGAGGGAAUGGCAGUAGGGUAGAAAGCAGGGUUGAGUAGGCAUGUUCUCUGCUAUUGCUGCUGCAGUUGUCUGUGUCCCAUUUAAAAAAGCAUGAGGGGGUGGACGGUCCGUUCCUCAAACAUCACAAUAGGGAAAUACGAUUCAUAGAUAAAUCUUCCAAGGACAGGACACAGCCUCUUAUGCCCUUCACAAAGAUCAAUACUCCCAAAGAUGACUAUAGCAGUGAAGGUAGCUUCUCUCCCUGACUGAGGGUCUACCCCAGUGAUACACCAACCCUAUAUUGGCACCCAGGAGUUAAACUCAAGUGAAAUUCAAUUCAACUUGCCUCAGGAUACCCCCAACCAAACCUAAACUUUUAAGGACACGAUAAUAACAAAUUAAGGGAAAACUCCCCUGCAUUCUGUGCCUCUUUCAUAUCCCCCUGCAACACUAUGAAUAGCACAGUAGAACAUAUCAUAUGUUCUAUGACUUCCACCUCCAACAGUUACCAAGAAAUAUUUAGUACAGUUCCUCAAAUUUACGCUCUAGCACAAAACUUUAACAGAAGUUUCACAUGCACUUAUAUCAAGAGAUCAACACAUCUAACUUUUAUACAUUCCAUGCUUUUAGGAAACUAUUUUCCCUUAAUAUUUUUGAGGUGGCCAUUAAGAU